CUCUGUUCUCAAAGCCAGCUAUUCAUUGUAUUAAUACCGCCUCCCACUGCUCCCUCCAUUCCUCCCCCAUUUUUCACUCAUCCAUCCACUCGGCUCCAUAUUUGUACUUCACAUCAAGCAGAGGCAUUGCAAAUGAGCUUCUUCAAGCGGACCAUGUCGCGGUCCAAGCCGAAGGCGGACGCUAACCAGGCGGCCUCCCCACAGCGCUAUCUCGAUGCAGGCAUUGAGGCAGCCAGGAUGGACCAUGGCCGUCAGCACCAGGCGCAACAGUAUGAUGACGGUAUGAGCAUGUACUCGCCAACAAUAGCAUUGCACGGAAGCCCUCGUCCCAGUACCAGCAGCCAUCACAACAGCACUAUCUGUCGCCACAGCCUGGCCAGCAGCAGUUCCAGCCCCAGCCAGCAUCGCCAGUGUCGCCGCCAGGCCUCUACAACGAGGCCAUGGUUAUUCCACAACGUGGCAACUUGGAUGACCCCCAUGACGACUUUGACGAUGCUGCCAGCUACCAUUCGACAUCGUCGAUCCCGGGGAUGUCUGGCACAGCCGCACCAUCUCGCUAUCAGUACAUGGCCCAGCACUAUUACAGCACCGAUGGCCACAUGCCUCCGGGAGGCAUUUCUGCGUUCGGCCGGCAAGAACCAGGAGCAGGACCCGCAAUGCCGCAGCUCCCUGGAUCACUGUCGGGCCGCGGCAAGCCGAAGGAAGAGGAGCUGGCCGACGAGUACUUUUCAACGGCAGGUUAAUUUCCACGAGGAAGGCGACUUUGUCAGUGCCACAGCGUAUUUCAAGAAGGCCGCCGACGCGCACAGUCCCCUCGGCAUGCUGUUUUAUGGACUGUCGUUGCGCCAUGGCUGGGGCUGCCAGCCAAACGAGAAGAUUGCGUUCCUGUACCUGCAAAAGGCAGGCGAGCUCGUUAUCCCCAGCGUCAAGGACAUGAAUCCGGCCGUCGCCGGUAUGGCCAAGGAGGAGCUGGCAAUGGCCAUCUAUGAGCUCGGCCAGAGCUACCGCCAGGGGUGGGGCGUGUCGCGCAACAAGAAGACCGCAGCGUACUAUUUUGAAAUUGCCGCUGAACUUGGCGACGCCGAUGCCCAGGCUGAUUUGGCUGCCUGUUACGAGUCUGGCGACGGUGUCAAGCGCGACAAGAAGAAAGCUGCACAUUACUACCGCCUUGCACACAAGCAAGGGCACGAAGUGUUUGGCAACUCAUGGAUCUUUAAGAAGAAAUAUGACUCUGAUUAGGUAGCCCACUUCACUUCCUUUGUGGCCUGUGUAGGAACUGACAAGUGCGCAUAGAGCAACCACCAGCAAGUGGUGGUCUGUCUGCCCCCAGCCGCUGUAUGCAUAGGCUGGUUACUGAUAUUGCCAAUAGUUCUAGCGACGCCAUGCAGAUAUAUGCUGCUAGUUUCGAAAGCUACCGCCCAUGGCCACCUAAGAUAGCAGGGGUCUAGUCUCGGCAAAAUCGACUAGAGACGACACUGACUAAAGGUAGUCUUGCUGCAGGCAGCUACUACCAGGAUGAACUUGUAAUAAUUUCACAUGUUACCGC